AUGUCUUACUAUGACUUGGUUAGUCAACUCACACCAUGGCAAGAUAACUCUGUGAUACGUGUUGUGAUUUACAAGAAGUGGAUUGAGAAAGAUAGCCGUGUUCGGGAUUGUGUGGAAAUCAUCUUAUGCGAUGAAGAGGGAAAGCUUGGUGAGGAAGUCUAUUCGACUUGUCGGAGUGCGGGUGAAAGAAGUGUCAUUCUUGUGAUCUGUGAUUGUCGAAUUACAAGUAGUUGUCAAACAACAAAGGUUCUGAUAGAUUUGAAUGAUCCCGAUGUCAUUGUCUUCAAGAAUAGUUUACCUGAGCAUUGCAGACGUAUUACCUUCUUGAGUAGCAAACCUCAACAAAGGGUUUCUUAUGGUGAUGAGAUUCAUUUCGAUCAGUUUCCAAUGGUCACUAUUUCAGAAUUGCAAGAUUCUCUUGAGGUUGGGAAAUGUAAGAUCAUGUGCACCAUCUACGCGGUUGACAUAGACUGGUCGUGGUUUUAUUUGGUUUGCACUAGGUGUGGUAAAAAAGUGUACAAAAAUCCAAAGAAGGAAGAUCAAAAAAUGACCAAGAAGAAUAAGACCCUUUAUUCAUGUGAAACAUGUGAUGCAAAAGUGUCCUUUGUGAGUGCGAGGAAGACUUUUCAGUUUCUGAUUUGUGUUGAGAAAGAAAAUCUCUAUGGUGGUAGUAAUACAUACAAAGUCGGGAAGGUUUGCAAAGGAAAUGAUAUUUUAUCCGCUGAUGAGGUGAAUGAAUCUGAAGAUAUGGGUGAUCAGAGUUUGCUCUUGUCAGGGAAUAAGGUGUCGCUGAUAAACACGUUGAGGCAAGAGCCUUCUUAUGAGGUGGAAAUUUGA